AUCUCUUUACAAAGCUUAACGAUCUACGACUUGUCUUUCGACUCGACUUGAUUAUUAUUAUUCGUCUCGACGUUCAAUGGCAAAAAGCUAAAGGCAAAAAGCUCCGUCUCCCUCCAUGCGUUCCCUUUUAUCCUUUUCUCCAUUCCCGAGUUUGAACUGUGGGGAACAGCCUUUCCUCAGUGGCUUCCCGGGAAUAGGCUGGUGCUGUCCUCCCUCGUCUGUAUCUUACAGUAUUACUAUUGAGAGUUUAUCAUGGCCAGCACAAUGGAAAUGGUGUGCAACACUCUCGGAAUUGACAGAGUAAUUAUGGAUGGCAAAAUGGUUUUGAUUGAGGAGCAACAUGGUACCAAUGCAAACUUUUUGGUGAACGCCAUACUAUCGGACACAUUGAAGAAGGGAAAUGCUGUUUGUCUUGUUCAUUGUCAUAAUACCUUUGGUCACUAUCAUAAUAUCGGUGUAAGGUUUGGCUAUAAUCUUUUGUCACUAAAAGCAGAAGGUCAGGUUACUGUUGUAGAACCAAUGAAAAUUGUAGCUAGCAAUGUUAUUGACAUAUGUAAAGAUUCUAUAGACAAUGAAAAAAUAAUUGCGGAUAUUAUUUCUCAAGAACACAAAGAUAUUGUGUACAGGCUUUUUAGAUGCAUUAAAGAGAAAUGUGAAGAAGCAGCUAACUUUAAUGCAUCUGUAGUUCUUGUGAUUGAUGAUAUAAGUCAUCUUUUUAAUUUAGGCCUUAGUGUACAUGAUGUUAUGUAUUUAAUAAGAUACUUAAGAUCGUUUAUGGCAUCACAUGGUAUAUCACAACUUUAUAUUCUUACACAUACAUAUCAAGAAGAUCCAAAGAUCUCAGAUGCAGACAUGGUUGCUAAUUGCUUCAAACAUAUGGCACAUCUGUGUGUCACAACUGAGCCACUUAUCACAGGUCACUCAAGUGAUGCAUCUGGUAAAUUAACUAUUUGUUGGAGAACAAAUAGCAUUAGGUCUAAAUAUCAUUGGCCAGAAAAAAUUAUAUAUUUAUUUAAAUUAUUGGAUUGGCAAGUAAAAAUAUAUGCACCUGGUAAAACAUCUGUUUUGUCGUAAAUAAUAAUUUAAUAACAUAACUGUAUACCAUUUCUGAUAUGAUCAUAUGAUUUU